GUGACCAAACGCCAUUUUCUUCUCCACCGGCAAACACGAAAACACGCCAUUUUCAGUUACAUUGCAUUUACACCUUUUCGGCUCAUUUUAUUAACUUGGGAUUGCCAUAGCUACUCGGAUAGUUUUCUUCCCAAUCUCCGUUUUGUUCUGAUCACCAGUUGCUCUAUCAUUUCUGAUUUCUGGUUUCCCGAAACCAGAUCCCCGUCUCUGAUCACUGUUCAUCGUCGAACUCGUCAACGCCGUCGCCGACUUGCAGAGAUUUGUUUCCCGACGAGAAGGCUGCCGAUCAGAGCUCGCGUCCGCCGUUGCAGCAGAGAAGGAAAACGCAACAAAGUCGGAGACACGAACAUGACUGUUGAUGCGGCAAGGGUUUAGCAGCUUGAAAAUCGAACCGCUUCGGACCUGGGAAGUGGGAACGUACCGGCCCAAUUCGGUUUAAUCUUUGCGUAGCCGGUUCAAGUUUACCGAACCGGUUGCGAGUUCAUCUCUCGCUCUAGUGUCUUCGCAAUGAAUUUUGUGCAUUUCGUCUAGGGUUUGAGAUCUUGGGAAAUUGGGAAAAGAUACCGACAUGGAAGAAGGCGUUCGAGAAGUUCUCUACGAGACACGUUUUCACGCUUCCAGGCCUUACACUCCCAAUUACCCUCCCCAACAACGUCGACAGGAAAACAAAGGCGUCAAAGGGAGCCUUCUUUCGUUGCUUUCAACUCGAGGUGUUAGUCAACUUAAAGAAAAAUUGAGUGGAAUCCGGCGUCCUAAAAAGUUGCGGAGAUGGAUAUCUUUGUUUAUAUCUCCAAUGGGGAAACAUGUGGCUGUGGCAGUUGGAAAUCAAAUAACAAUCUUGCAGAAGGAUGAUGAUUACCAGGAGCCAUGCGGCAUUUUCACUAGUAGCAGCACUGGCACUUUUACUUCCGGAAUUUGGUCAGAAUCCCAUGAUGUUCUUGGACUUGUUGAUGAUACUGAUAUACUUUAUUUUAUAAAAGCCAAUGGCGAAGAGAUAACCAGGAUUAAAGAACAAGCUUCCUUACGAAUAAUAAGCUUAAUUGUGCACAAUGAUUCUGAUACGAAAAAAUCUUGCUUGUGUAAAUUCGUUGUUAUCACGUCAGGUGGUUGCCUUCAUGAAAUUGAGGUCAGUCGGGAUCCAAGUGCCUCCAUUUUAUCUGCACGCAAUGGCUCAAGAGUGAAGGAGUUUCCUGAGAAUGUUUUCUGCUUAAAUUACCAUCCAGAACUUUCUUUGCUUGCUGUAGUUGGUGGCGCUGUUAGUAUCCCGUUGGCCUCUAGUGGUAGUGCUGGGACUUGCAGUCUUUCUCUUUGGCAAAGAAAUAGGAACCUAGAAUGGAAGUCUCUGGUUUCUACUCAGUUUGAAAGUUUAUUCUCCAAGACAAAAGAUUUUGUAGGUAGAUUAACAUAUCCGAAGGUUUCAAUCUCACCAAAGGGUAAGUUUGUUGCUGUUCUAGAUUUGAGAGGACAUUUGACCAUUUUUAACCUGGAUACCGAACAGUCUUCUCUCUCAAAGCUUUAUUAUGGGGAGAACUAUGAUUCACAAGAGGCUGAUGAGUUGUCAACUAGGGACAGGGAAUCUAUGAAUGAUAUACUGGAUUUUGCUUGGUGGUCUGAGUAUAUUCUUGUUCUUGCAAAAAGUAGUGGCAUUGUAACCAUGAUUCACAUCCAUACUGGUGUUAAGCUAUUGGAGAAAGAUCCUUUAUACUCUAUGCCUAUUUUGGAACAUACACAGCAGUUCCCAGGACAUCUUUUCCUUUUAGAAACUACAUCAUCUGAGGACAACCAAAAUUCAUCCAAUAGGAACGGGGUAAGUGACCAGCAACAUUUGGAUUUGGUUAAUGAAGAUAACUACAGUCAAGUUGACGUUGCUAAACUGCAAUGGAGGUUAUUGUCAUUCUCAAAUAGAUCUGUGUCUGAGAUGUUCAAUAUAUUACUUGGAAAUCAAAAUUAUCAGACUGCACUGGAUUUUGCUACUAGUCACGGAUUAGAUAAAGAUGAAGUGCUAAAGUCACAGUGGUUGCAUUCUGUCCAAGGAGUAAAUGAAAUAAAUAUGUUUCUUGCAGUAAUCAAGGAUCGAGUUUUUGUACUUUCAGAAUGUGUGGUUGGAGUUGGACCAACAGAAGAUGCUGUGAGGGCUUUAAUUGCACUUGGACUUCACCUCACAGACCAGUAUAGAUUCUCUGAAACAGGGACCAAUGAGAAUACCCAAAUUUGGAAUUUUCGCUUGGCAAGGCUUAAAUUGCUUCAAUUCAGAGACAAGCUGGAGACAUUUCUCGGAAUAAAUAUGGGCAGGUUCUCUGUGCAGGAGUACAGCAAAUUUCGCUGUAUGCCUAUAAAUGAAGCAGCUGCAAAACUUGCAGAAAGUGGGAAAAUUGGGGCCUUGAAUCUUCUUUUCAAGCGUCAUCCUUUUUCAUUGACUCCUUUUAUGUUGGAAAUUUUAGCUGCUAUCCCUGAAACAGUUCCAGUUCAAACUUAUAGACAGCUUCUUCCUGGGAGUUCUCCACCAUUAAGUGUUACUCUGAGAGAAAAAGAUUGGGUUGAAUGUCAAGAGAUGGUAGCAUUUAUUAAUAAGCUCCCUGAGAGCCAUGAAACUGGUAUUCAGCUCAGAACUGAACCCAUUAUGAAGCAAUGCGUUGGUUUUUCAUGGCCAUCCACUGAUGAGCUCUCCAUAUGGUACAAAAACAGAGCUAGAGAUAUGGAUAGCUUAAGUGGGCAGCUGGACAACUGCCUUUCUUUGAUUGAUUUUGCUUGUCAUAAAGGUAUUCACGAGCUGCAGCAAUUCCUCAAUGAUAUUUCUUACUUGCACCAGCUCAUUUAUUCUGAUGGCAGUGGUAAUGAGGCAAGUUUUCACAUGAGCCUCAUCACAUGGGAACAGUUGUCUGACUAUGAAAAGUUCAAAAUGAUGCUUCACGGGGUCAAAGAGGAAAAUGUGGUUGAGAGAUUACAUGAGAAGGCAAUUCCUUUUAUGAAAAAUAGGUUGGAUAUUAUGAUGUUGAAUUCUAGAGUUGUAGUGAUGGAUGAUCAUUCCACUACAGAAAAGAAGGUUGACUCGUUUCUGGUUAGAUGGCUGAAGGAAAUUGCUUCAGAGAACAAAUUGGACAUUUGUUUGAAGGUAAUUGAAGAAGGGUGUCUGGACUUUCAAAACAAUAGCAUUUUCAGGAACAAGGCUGAAGCAGUAGAUUGUGCCCUUCAGUGCAUAUAUUUAUGCACUAAUACAGAUAGAUGGAGCACCAUGACCUCAAUUUUGUUAAAACUUCCAGAAAUGCAAGAUUCUGAAGAAUGUGUCGAGGAACUCAUAACCAGAACUAAACUUGCAGAGGGCCAUAUUGAAGCAGGAAGGCUUUUGUCUGUUUACCAGGUCCCGAAGCCAAUUAAUUUUUUCUUGGAGGCACAUUGUGAUGGAAAAGGUGUAAAACAGAUACUUCGCCUCAUCCUUUCCAAAUUUGUCCGUCGGCAACCCAGCCAUUCUGAUAAUGAUUGGGCAAAUAUGUGGCAUGAUUUGCAGAGUUUACGUGAAAAGGCUUUUCCCUUUCUUGACCAAGAGUAUAUGUUGAUGGAGUUCUGCAGAGGUCUGCUUAAAGCUGGGAAAUUUUCACUUACUAGGAACUAUUUAAGAGGUACCACUGUUGUUCCACUGGCAACAGAAAAAGCAGAAAAUCUCGUUAUUCAAGCUGCAAGAGAAUAUUUUUUCUCAGCUUCAAGUCUGUCUUGCUCAGAAAUCUGGAAAGCUAAGGAAUGUCUAAACCUCUUUCCAAGUAGCCGAAACGUCAGGGCAGAGGCUGACAUCAUUGAUGCACUUACUGUCAAGCUCCCGAGUCUUGGUGUGAUCCUUUUACCUGUGCAAUUUAAGCAAAUAAAAGAUCCAAUGGAAAUCAUUAAAUUAGCAAUAACAAGUCAAGUUGGAGCUUACCUAAAUGUUGAUGAACUUAUUGAGAUUGCCAAACUCCUCGGGUUGAGCUCUCAAGAUGACAUAUCAGCUGUCCAAGAAGCCAUUGCAAGAGAAGCAGCUGUUGCUGGAGAUCUGCAACUGGCUUUUGAUCUCUGCCUUGUUUUGGUUAAGAAGGGUCAUGGUUCCAUCUGGGACUUGUGUGCUGCAGUGGCAAGAGGCCCUGACCUUGAAAACAUGGAUACAAGUUCUCGAAAACAGCUUCUAGGUUUUGCUUUGAGCUAUUGUGAUGAGGAAUCAAUUGGUGAAUUACUGCACGCUUGGAAAGAUCUAGACAUGCAAGGCCAAUGUGAGACAUUAAUGAUGUUUUCAGGAACAGAGCCUCCUAAAUUCUCAGUUCACAGUUCUCCAAUUGUCAGUUCCUCCAGACAGGUUGACGGAAUCAAUUUUGAUGAUCAACAAGCAUAUAUAAAAAAUACUAAAACUACACUUUCAGUUGUUGCUAAAGAGUUAUCAAAUGAUAAUGGCUCUGAUUGGGAAACUGUCCUUGAAGAAAAUGGUAAGAUUUUGUCCUUUGCGAUAUUGCAACUUCCAUGGUUGCUUGAACUGUGUCACAAAGAAGAACAUGGUAAGAAAUUGAUUGGUGGAUCAGUUUUGAUAAACAAAUAUGUUAGCGUCAGAACACAAGCAGUACUGACUAUUCUAUCCUGGUUGGCAAGGAAUGGUUUUGCUCCUAGAGAUGAUCUGAUUGCAUCUCUUGCAAAGUCAAUAAUGGAACCACCUGUUACUGACGAGGAAGAUAUCAUAGGUUCCUCAUUUCUAUUGAAUCUUAUGGAUGCCUUUCACGGUGUGGAAAUAAUAGAAGAACAGGUGAGAACAAGGCAGGCAUAUAAUGAGGUGUGUAGUAUUAUGACUGUUGGGAUGAUAUAUGGUUUAUUACACAAUUCUGCAGUGCAGUGUGAGGGUCCUAAUCAAAGGAGGACACUGCUGCUGAGGAAGUUUCAAGAGAAGCACACACCACUCAGUUCAGAUGAGCUAGAGAAUAUUGAUAGAGCACAGUCCUCAUUUUGGAGAAACUGGAAACUGAAAUUAGAAGAGCAAAAACGCAUAGCUGAUCAUUCCAGAGUGUUGGAGCAAAUAAUUCCUGGAGUGGAAACUACACGCUUCUUGUCUGGGGACAUUAACUACAUUGAGAGUGUUGUUUUUGCCUUCGUUGAAUCUGUGAAGUUCGAGAAGAAGCAUAUUUUGAAGGAUGUAUUGAAGUUAGCUCAUACCUAUGGGUUGAAUCGCAAGAAGGUCCUAUUAGCGUAUCUCAAUUCUGUUCUUACUUCUGAAGUUUGGCCCCUUGAUGACAUCACAGCUGAAAUUUCAGAAUUUAGAAAUGAAAUAUUUGCUUGUGCUGUGGAAGCAAUCAAAAUCAUUUCGUCAUAUGUCUACCCUGCAAUUGAUGGACGUGACAAGCAGCGCCUUGCUUUCAUAUAUGGAUUGCUUUCUGACUGCUACUUGCAGCUGGAAGUAACAAAUGAAUUAGUACCUGCACUUCACCCUGAUCCUGCAUGUGCAACUGUUGGAAUUGCUGGUUUUUACAAGGUUAUUGAGCAAGAAUGCAGUAGGGUGUCUUUUAUUGAGAGCCUGAACUUCAAAAACAUUGCUGGAUUAGAUGGCUUAAACUCUAAGUACUUCAGCAGUGAAAUUUAUGUUCAUGUUGUUGAAAAUAGCGUGGAAGCACUGGCAACAAUGGUCAAGAACCUUAUCAGCAUUUACAAAGAUCCAAUGUCUGAGGGUCUCAUAUCAUGGCAGGAUGUCUACAGACACCAUGUACUUUGCUUGUUGGAAUCUCUGGAGGCAAGAGCUAAAACACAGGUUGAGCCUGAAAGCCUUAACAGCAUAAUAAGUGGGCUUGAGCAAAUCUACGAUGUUAGCAGAAAGUACAUCAGAGUCCUGGCAUAUCAAGAUACUUUGGGCAUAAUAAAGCGAUUCUUUACAGUUAUAGUUCCCCUUGACAAAUCGUUUGAGAGUUUAUCUAGUGAUACAACAUGGCAGGGCAGUCUAAUCUUCCUUUCAAAUUUUUGGCUGAGAGUGAUUGAUGAUAUGCAGGAACUUGUGAACCAUGAACAUCCAGAAGAAAAAUGUAAUGUAGAGGGUUUCAUGUGUUGUCUUAAGAUUUUCACAAGGCUGGUUGUAGAGGGGCGAGUCUCUUCAAAUAAGGCUUGGAAAACUCUUAUUAACUACAUUAACUAUGGCCUUGGAGGUGCAUUUGCUGUCGAUAUUUUUCUUUUCUGCAGAGCAAUGAUUUUUUCUGGGUGUGGCUUUGGAGCCAUUGAGGAGGUAUAUUCUGAAGCAGUUUCAAAAUUUCAAAAUGACUCAAGAUCAGUUGCGAAUACUGAUAUCCAUUUUGAGAGAAUUCAGGACCUUUCUCAUCUUUAUUCAAGUAUAUUGGAAACCAUUCUACAGGAGUUUGCUGCUGGAUCUCUUGAACACCAGAAUUUACAUCAGUUGAUAUCAUCUUUGAGGACAGUAGAUGGUAACUCAGAGAAUCUGAAUGGGGUCAGGCAUGCUGUUUGGGGGAGAAUGAUCGAGUUCUCUGAUAACUUGAUGCUACCGAGUCAUGUUCGUGUUUAUGCUCUGGAGCUUAUGCAAUUUAUAACGGCUUCAGAUAGAAACAUAAAGGGAUUUUCUGCUGAGCUGCAAUCAAAUGUGUUACCCUGGGAAGGAUGGGAUGAUUUGAGGAGAACAAACAGUGAGACUGUUGCCAACCCUGAUGUGGCAGCACAAUCAGAUGCAUCUAGCCGGUUGACAAACACUUUGGUUGCACUUAGAUCGUCACAGCUCGUUCGAGCCAUCUCACCGAGAAUAGAAAUCAGCCCCGAAGAUCUCUUAACUGUGGAUUCAGCGGUUUCUUGCUUCCUAAGAUUAUGUGAAGUUGCUACUUCUGAACCCCAGAUUGACGCCUUGCUGGCCAUAUUAAGAGAGUGGGAGGGGCUCUUCACCAUGACGAAAGAUGAGCAAGCAGGUUCUGAUGAAACAGCUGAUGCUGCAAAUGAUUGGGGAAAUGAUGAUUGGGAUGAGGGAUGGGAAAGCUUUCAGGAAGAACCUGUCGUUGCUAAUGAAACCAAGAAUGAUGACUCUCUUUCUGUCCAUCCUUUACAUGCUUGUUGGCUGGAGAUCUUCGAAAAACUGGUAGCCAUGUCCCGAGUGGAAGACUUACUAAACCUGGUUGAUCGAUCCAUAGUAAAAUCUGAUGGAGUGUUGCUUGAUCAACAAGGCGCGAGUAGCCUAAGCCAAACCUUACUCGGAAUAGAUUGCUUUCUAGCUCUGAAGGUGGCGCUGUCAUUCCCUUACGAAGCAAUUCAGCUGCAGUGCUUGGAUGCAGUCGAGGACAAGCUGAAGCAAGGAGGGGUAUCGGACACAACCAGCAAGGACCAUGUGUUCUUGAUUCUUGUUCUAUCAUCCGGGCUCAUAUCGACGAUCAUUUCUGGGCCAUCCUAUGGUACAACUUUCUCCUUUCUCUGCUACAUGGUUGGAAAUUUCUCUCGCCAGUGUCAGGAAGCUCGAUUAUCAAGCUCCAGACGCGGUGGGAGAAAUGAGCACGACAACCGUGCGACCGACUUCUUAAAUCUUUUCGGGAGAAUCCUCUUCCCGUGUUUCGUGUCAGAGCUUGUGAAGGCAGAGCAGCAGAUUCUAGCAGGAUUUCUGGUCACAAAAUUCAUGCACAAUAAUGCUGCUCUCAGCUUGAUCAACACUGCAGAGGCCAGCCUCCGAAGGUAUUUAGAAAGACAGCUUCAAGUAUUACGAGAUGACGAGCCUUUGGGCUUCGGGGAACCAUUGGCAAAUAUUAUAAAGGGGUUGAGAGGCGGAGCAGAAAACCUGGUGCAAUCUGCUUUGUCUUGUCUUCACUCGGGACCAGUUUGAGAUGGUCACAACGCAAUGCUUUGUGUAUUCUGUAGAAUGAAAUUUGCUCUUAAGAGGUUGUUUUGUAAAGAAUUCAUUGCAAAGAGGGAUAGAAGAAUAUUUUGUUUUGCUCGUCGUAAAGAGAUUUUGGGUAAAUUUCAGUUAGAUGUUGUAUGCUUUUAGUAUUUAUGGUUUAUUUUUUUUAUUUUUCUAAGAACCCUCCCCUCUUUACAAGUUCAA